AUGAAUUUGCUAAUAAUUGUUUGUGUUGCUGCCUGGACCCAGGUUGUAACGAGUUAUGUAAUUGUGAAUCGUGAUCGCGAUUAUUACAAAACAAAUCAACCAUCGUUUGGAGACGCACCGGAGCUACCAGAUGGAACACUUUCGAAUGUGCCGAUUGAUCCAUACGAGAAGAAGCUGCUCGAGCUGUACUACUUAGUGCAGGUUAUGCGUUCCUAUCACCGACCUGCAUACCAAGAGCCCACAACCAUUCUGAGCAAUCUUAUCGAUCGCUUAACAAAGGAAGAGUUGCGCGAUGAGUUAGAACAGUUGCUAUCAGGUGUCGAAGGGUUUGAGGAGGUGUUCAACAUUGGCGAGUACGCCGUACGGGACCCGAUCAAGGAACAGCUGGCAAACGAUUUCCGACUGCUGUUCCCGAUUGUGGUAAAGACGCUAAGCGGACUGCGUGAUACUGGUGCAGAAAGUGACGAGAUGGAGGGCACGCUGCAGAGCAAGAUACGAGAAGCUUUUAACGAUUUCCGAGGCCUCCUGUUGAGUGUGGUGCAGUCGGAGAGUGAAGUGUUUAAUGAAAUCGAAGAGCUACAAGGCACGAUUGCACGAAAACCAAUGCAAAACGAUGUGCACUGGAACAAGGAAAGUGCUGGUUCAGGAAAUACACCAAACGUAGAGGAAAUGGUUUACGUGACGCAAAUGCCUGCAGCAUCGAACAAAGCGGUGGUGAACGAUUACGAUUUAGAAGCGGAACAUGUUGAGCCAAGCACUGAAAGUGUAACGGAAGGCUUUCCAACUGAUGUACCGUUCGACGUGCGACUUCUUAGUGACAAACAUCUAGAUUUUCUGCCCGACGGAAGUGAUGUGAGGUACGAACUAAGCAUGGGACCUGAUCUGCUUUCGCAAGAGCAAGAUUCCGACGAAGAGGAUGACGAAACGGAGCUGAUCGUGCUGACGGAAGACGCCAAUCUGCAUAAAAUGCCGGUUGUGAAGGGUGGUGGUAGCGGACCGAUGGCAGUGUUGGUAAAAGAUCCGGAAAUGGCAGCACUGAUUCCGCACAUCAUCGAGCAACUGCGCAUGGAGAAUGUUACACCGGAGGAAAAGGGUGCAUUGGCUGAGAUCUUCGAUGAGCUGUGGCCUCUGAUGGUGGCCGAAGCGGAUCGUUUGCGCACGGAACCAUAG